UGGCCUUCUGCAGACUUGGUCUGGGAGGGGAUGGGGCAGCUGCGCCAUGUGCACCACCCUUUUCCUGCUCAGCACCCUGGCCAUGCUCUGGCGCCGCCGAUUUGCCAACCGAGUCCAACCAGAGCCCAGCGACGUGGCUGGGGCAGCUAGGGGCAGCAGCGUGGACGCGGACCCUCAGUCCUCAGGCAGGGAGAAAGAACCUCUGAAGUAAGCCCUCACCUCUGCAGGUGGGGCUCAGGCCCAGAGACUGGGAUCAGCUGGCCCAGCUCAGGUCCUGGUUCGUCCCCUAGCCCAGGAGGAUGCUGUGGGAGCCGGAGCAGCAGCAAGAGGGAGAAUGGGGGGAAGCAGCACUAGAGAAGUCCUUCAGCUUCUACUUAAUGGAAGCCUUGCAGAUGCAAGAUGGCUCCAGCAGGCCCAGCAUCACUUCUUCACAGUGUCCCAAAGCCAGAAAAAAGGCUGUUGUUUUUAAAAGCAGGAAAACUUUCCCAAACUUGGCCAGAAUUGCAUCGGAGACCCUUUCCCAAAACAAUUUCCAGCGAAGGGAAUAGACUGACCAUGUCUGGUACAGAUGAAUGAAGAUUUGCCCCUGGGGGCUAGGGAGGGGCUUGCCCCUGCUGAAGCAGACCCUUGCCCAGCAGCUGAACAGAGCCUAGGUUCAUCAGAUGGAGGAAGAGACUGGCCGCUAACAGUGCCUGACAUACAGAUGUGCUUCCUGUGAUGCCGCUGCUGCCACCGUUCCAAAUGUAAGCAGUCAGCUGCUUGGGAUACUACCUACCUUGUUUUGUGUUCUCAUUAAUACAAUUAAAGAUUGCUUUCUGGGUAGAGAAAUUAACCUCAA